AUGCGCCCUGACGCGGCGACGUUCGUGUUUUAUGGCGAGCCGGUACUCAAGGUCGAGGCUCUGGCCGCACUGAGCGCUCCCGUGUGCGGCAUCUAUGGGGCGGAGGACCCGCAGCCAACAACAAACCGAGCGGCAGCGGCGCGCUUCCAGUCGGCGCUGGCAGAGGCUGGGGUCGAGCACGAUGUUACUUGCUACGAAGGCGUUGGGCAUGCCUUUUGGAAGGACAUGGGGCAGAUAGAGCGACGAGAGACGCCACAAAUCGCGGCGUGGCGGCAGAGCACCACCUUCCUGCGCACCUUCUUUGACGGGUGA